AUGGGCUUCUUUGACAACGAUUCCGAGGAGUACCGUCACCACGAAGUGAUGACCAAUCGCCCUCACGAGGCGAAGUGGUCCCACGAGCUGAUCGGCGGUGCCGCAGCCUACGAGGCCAUGAAAGCCUACGAAGACCAUGAGGCUCGCAACGGUACCCAUGCCCGGACACUCUACUCCCCUGAUACGUACGCAGACCAGGCCACUGACAUCUUUUUGGAUACAGGCCAGAUUGACAACCAUGCCAAGGCCAAGGAGGUUGUCGCCGGCCUCAUCGGCGCCUUCGUCGACCGCGAGGUGGAGACGAAGGGACUGGACUUCGUCGACCGCGAGAAGGCCAAGCGCCACGCUCGCGAGCGUGCUGAGCACCAGAUGGAGCAGAGCGGCCGCUGGUAG